GUUGUACGUGCAGCGCGACUCCUUGGUGAAGAUGUUUGGCCUCUGCGCGCUACAGCUGGCAGUCUGCCUCGUCAUUGCAGGAGUUGUCCACUCGUUCCUGCUGGACCUGGAUGAGUCGGCUGAGAGCGCGCCUCCUGCUUCCGGCGGCCAUGAGCAUCAUGAGCCCUACUUGCCCGUUGGCAAGGUGAUACCUCUGCCUGAGGGUGCUCCACCUUUGCUGGUGGCAGGAUACUGGGGCCUGAGCCUCCUGAACCUAGUCCUCAUCAUGAUCCUUUGGAACUAUCGAAGCUCGCAUCCAUGCAACUAUGUCACCUUGGCGUUGCUCACGCUCUCCAUGGGCUGCUUCUGGGGGGUUAGCAGCUCCCACUUCGCCUUUGCAGAGCACAUGCUCUUCCUGGCACACAUGGUUGUCACAUUGGGGGUGGCCUCUCUGGUUUGCCUGUGUCUCAGAUAUCAAGAGAAGUGUUUUCAACAUGUGGUGAGUUCAGCUUUGGCCGCUCUCUGCUUUGGUUGGACACUUGGACUCGCUUUAGCCUACAUCUACUCGGAGCUGGCUUUGGAUUCCUGGGGAGUAGCACGGCCUUGGGCAGCGGCUGGGCUGAGUAUGGCGGCCCUUUUCUUCAUCUUCCUCUACAUGUUACACUCCCUGGUCCAUGGUGCCACAGAUGACCUCAUUGGUUUGGUUGGCGGCAUGGACGCCAGUAUUAUGGCAAUCAUAAGUUUGCCAUACCUGCUCCUGCUCCUGGCCUGCUGCGUACCUUCUGCUUUGCAGUGGGUGCAGCACGAACCCACGGCACCAGCGGUGCCAGCUACCAGUCGAGCUGAGCGUCCGGCCAACCCUUGA